AUCACUUGUUGACAAUGAGGCUGUUAGGAAACUCAUCCUUGCCAUUGAGGAGCCAAACACUGUUUAAAAGUGAAUACAUAGUUACCAAAUCUUUCUAUAAAUUGUCAUGAGAAAGAGCUAAUCAAUUAAGGAUACAACAAAUUAUGGGUUACUAUAUAUAGACUUCCCCAGCAAUGUAGGUCAGUUGGCAAGGCAUUGUGCCGGUCUCCUUGCACCCGAGUUUAAACCCCCUACCCGUACAUUAGAAUAAUCACAAUCCCCACCCAUCCCAAAUAAGAUGGGGAAGAAAAGAAAAGAAAAUACUUGGGCUUCAUGUAAGCCUUGAUUGGGGACGAAUUAAGCCCAUCUGAAAUUCUUAUGCGUUGGGCCAAGUUUCUAGCCCUUGUACGAAAAUAGACCCAUUAGCUUUUUGGGGUGUCUUUGCCGUCGAUAGUUAGUCAGUUGGAUUCAACUAUAACUGCCCUCUGUUUUUACCCCCAGAUUAACAAACUCAACUCACAAAUCACAAAGAAUACCACUCUCUCUCUCUCUCUCUCUCUCUCUCUCUCUCUCUCUCUCUCUGUGAAGAAAGAAAGAAGCAGACUUGAAUCCAACACCAAUGGCUUGUUGCACUCGUUGGCAUGCAGCAGUCUACUUCACCAUGGCUGUAAUCUUGGCCUUCAUAGCAAUCUCCAUGACACUGCGUUCAGAAGCCAACGAUGAAACUUCACAAACCAAACCCAUCAGCCACAUUGUCUCACUCAACGCCUCAAGAACUCUGAGAAGAGCCGGCUUCAACAUCAUGGCCACUCUCCUCCAAGUCUCACCAGAACUCUUCUUUUCCUCUGCAAAUGCAACCCUCUUUGCUGUCAAAGACUCCGCCAUCUCCAACGCCACUCUCCCUCCCCGCCUCUUGAAAAACCUCCUCCAAUACCACACCUCCCCUCUCCAGCUUUCAAUGGAAGACCUUCUGAGCAAGCCUCAAGGUGCUUGCUUGCCUACCCUUUAUCAGCAAAAGAGCAUUGCAAUCACCAAAGUUGAUGAGAAAGAAAGAUCGGUUGAGAUCAAUAAUGUGUUGGUUUCACACCCAAAUCUGUUUCUUGAAGGACCCAUUUCAAUUCAUGGUGUUCUUGGCCCAUUCUCUGCUUUGGAUCCUCGAGAUGUUUAUCGGGGUUGGGAUAUUAUUCAGUCACCUGCCUGUGACUCCAAUUCAAAUAUGAUUUCUGAUGUUCCUCCUGAUUUGAAGAACAUGGUUGAAUGGACUCGGAUCAUCCGAUUGCUGAACUCAAAUGGGUUCGUUUCGUUUGCCAUUGGGCUGCACUCUGUUCUUGAUGGGAUUCUUGGAGAUCAUAAGGGUUUGAAGUCUGUGACAAUUUUUGUUCCACCAAGCUUGGAGCUUGAAGCAUAUCCUACUCCUUUGCUUGAGAAAAUUGUGAGGUUUCAUGUUCUGCCUCAGAAGUUUACAAACAGAGAGCUCGAAUCGUUGGCUCCGAGAACAUUGCUCAGGACCCUGCUUCAUGGUCAGCCUCUUGAGGUCACUGGGGCUGUGGAUUUCAUGAAAGGAUUGGUCAUUAGUGGAGUGAACAUUGUGGCCCCUGAUAUGUUUUCUUCCAGCAAGUUCAUUGUCCAUGGGAUUUCCCGAGCUUUGGAACUGGACGAUCUGCCUAAUACAGCAAGAUAAGGUGGUUUCAUUUCAACUGGUGCUGGGUAACAAUCUCAAUGCCUCUUCUCCCUCAGCCAAUGGAUAUUGAAGUCAUGCAAAAUCGAAAGGCAAACGCACAUCACCUUGCAAAUACUUUUAGUUCCUUCUGCUUUUGUUUUGGAUACAUUGGUGUACGUGGUUUUUGCAACACAAGAUGAUUCUUGUUUAGGAUAGAAGGGCAAGUUUCUUUUGCUGCAUCUGAACAAGGCAUUGUCAAGCAACAUCUGACAAGAAAUGUACACUCUCAAAUGAUUCAAUUUGUAGUUGAAUGAAUAAGUGACUGAAUAAGAAGUUUAAGACUGUAAGUUGCAAUGACAUAAGACUCAUAUAUAGUUUUCAGCUUUUGUGUUAGAUGAAUGCUACUAGUAAUUCAUGAAUGACAGGCACAGAACACAAUCUGAAACCUGCUAAAAGUACGAGUUCGGCACAUCAUUCGGUCAAAUUAACAAAAGCCGGAAUUAAGGCUUUGGUAGAGUAAAGGUUGGGGGGGAAGAACAAUUUAUGUCAAUCAAUCAGUUGGCUACUACACAAUCUGAGUAUUCCACUAUGCCUGAAUUCUUUUCUCCUCAACAAGGUAAUAAAAACCUCUAAACUAGAAAAUGCCACACCUUGGACACAAUCAUUCGUCCUCUAAAUUCCUUACUGAAUCAUUCAAAACUUGAUUUGAAAAUCAUCAGGCCAUUACAGAACAGCAGGAGAAGAUCCAGGGAUUAGAGUGUGAAACAACAGGGAAGGAAGCCAAUUCAAAAGCAUUUUAUGAAUCAUCAACUUCAGACGUAACAAAUUGCGAAACUCGGUCCAGGGCCAACUUCACAAAUCCAAUGCUCCAAGACUGAUAACUUAAGACCCUCUAACUAAGUCGACCAAAGAAAACCAGAUAUUGAUAUGAAUGAUACGCAGCCAUUGGCAUUGAUCAUUAUCAAGCCACCAAACAAGAUGUUAUCAUCAAUGUUCUUCGGGCCAAUUCACAUUCCGCAAUGCAUGUC